AUGUCCCAGAUCUUGAGAGAUCAUUUAAAAAACGGCAAAGGGAAGAAACACAGGGACAGUCGUGCCCAAGAGGAGGACAAACGGAAGGCAGCACGGCAGAUCUUGCCGGAACAGGCACAGUCCGAGGCCCAGUCGUCAGCAUCCCCGCCCAAGGCCUCAACCCGGUUUCCUCAAAGGUCCAACGCCUACCUGAUUAUAGGGUUGCAAAACAAGCUGGCCAAAUGUAGCCUUUUGAAGACCGUGAGUGACUAUGAGAAUUUCUGGAAGCUGGUUCAGGAGGAAGCUCUUGGAGUGGAAAUGAAAGAAAAGCUCCAGAAGAUAAAAUUUAAGUGUUUGCAUAUUUCUCCUCCUUCCCCACCCCUAUUGGGGAUUUUCUGUUAUUUUAGGAAGCAACAAGUGAGUCUGCUCUCUCGACUCACGGAAUGGAGGAAAAGGUGCCAACAACGGGAAGCUGCCCGGAGGUUGCAGCGAGGCCCCCAGGAGAGCAAGACGAUGUGUAAGACAAAGACGGAUUCCCGAGGCAAGCUCUAUCUUAGUCGGUUGAAUCGGAUGUAUUCCACCUCCCUUGCAAACAUGGAAUUCUCCAGAAGCGCCUUCAGCUUACUCUUUUUUAAGCCUAUCCGCAUAAUCACGGAAACAGCCGGUCCUGGUGGUGAAGCCGAUCUAGGACAGGCAGCCACUUCAGGACGGAUAUUCAACUUAAGGCUCACUGCACAAGACGUGGAUUACAUGGUCCCAAGUAGACAGGCACAGGCAGCUGCUCCACCCAGAGAAACAGGGCUCAGGAACUCCCUGGACCCUGGCCAGCAGCCUCGAGUGCCGCCUGCCCUCCGGUUCCUGAAGUGCCAGAGCCCAGGAAGUCCACAGACAAGUUGGCGCCUGAAGACAGGAAGACACCAAGGGACCCUGAGUGGCAUGAGCAAGCUUUCAGAGCAUGUGAGGGGCACACUUGCUCCUGCCCAGAUGACCACAGAGCAUGUGAGGGCCAAGCCUGCUCCCACUGGGGUGACCACAGGCCUCAGACCUGCAGUACCCCUAACCCUGGAACAUGUGAUCCAGACCCAUCCAGUGGUGGAGGUUAAGACACCAAGUCGAUACUGGGUAAACUAUGUUGAUGAAGAAAAAGAUUUUCUAUGACUACUAGAUGAAAAAAAAAAU